GCGCGUCAUUCCAGCUCUGCUCAUUCCUCCUUCCAACACCACUUUGACAACCCUUUCUCUACCAACCGACUUCGACAGCUUCCAUAAACCGCACGACCAAGAACUAUGGCAUCCGACGCUGACCAACUUGUGGAGAUGGGCUUCCCCCGAAACCGCGUUCUUAAGGCAUUGAGGGCCACAAAGAACGCAGGACUCCAACCUGCCAUGGAUUGGCUUGUGGAGCACUCUGAAGAUCCUGAUAUUGAUGAUCCCAUUCCCGAACAUACUGGAGGAGCCCUUGGAACAGCAGCGUCUUCAUCAUCCGCUGCUGCUGGAUCGGAAGAUUCAGAGGAGAAGGAGGGCGAUGUGAUCCAGGACGGAGAGCAGACGGCGCAAUCACUUAUCUGCCAAGAUUGCCAAAUGAUCCUCAAGAAUGCUGACGCGGCCCAGAGACACGCCAUGCGCACGGAACACGUCAACUUUGCUGAAUCCACGACCGCGAUCAAACCUCUGACGGAAGAAGAGAAGCAAGCAAAACUCGCCGAGCUCAAACAACGCCUUGCGGAGAAGCGUGCCCUCAAGGCCCAGGUCGAGAAGGAGGAACAAAAGACGUCUGAAAAGAUCCGUCGCAAGGCCGGCCAGGACCUAACUGAGGUCAAGGCCAAACUCGAGGAGAAGGAAAUGAAGAAGCUUGCAGAUGCCAAGAAGAGGGAGAAGGAAGAGGAUCGGAAGGCCAAGGCGGCGAUCAAGGCCAGAAUCGAGGCCGAUAAACUCGAGAGGGCAAGGAAGAAGCAGGAGGCUCAGGGGAUUCGACAGGCGAGCGAGGCUGCUGCGGUGGCCCAGGCGAAUGUAGAGGCGGCCGCUGCCAAGGCUGCGCCUGCAAAGGUUUAUACGGAGACACGACUGCAGAUCCGUCAACCGGAGGGUCAGCAGCCCAUUGUUCACACUUUCCAGGCAUCAGACAAAUUGAGUGCCGUAUAUGACUUUGUUCGCGAACAUCGACAGGGAAGUUUCAAGCUGAUGACAACGUUUCCAAGGAAGGUCCUCGAUGGCGACAACCUGGAGAAGUCACUGAACGAACUGCAGCUCGUACCCUCGGGUGCCUUGGCUGUUACGACCAGCUGAACAACACUCAGGAACACGAACAGGCGAUGCACGGGGCAGCCUUUGAUCAGGACUGCAGACGAUUUACAGUGCGGAAUAAAAACGAAAGCCGAAGGCCAAUAAUAUCCAAAUUGACAUGCAGUU